UUUAAAAACAUUUUUGUUUACCGUCAAGCGUUUUCGAUAAACAAAAUGGCCACCAUCGUCCGUGCGAUUACUUUUGUCCAUAGUCUGUACAUUUACAGCACUGUGGUUUUUCUCGGGUAGCCUUAACUGCGCUGCGAAUAUUAAACAUGAUUAUAAAAACACAAAAUCAUAAAACAUCAUAUCAAUAUUACGAAGGGUUCUAUCUAAAAGCAAGUUUAAAAAAAAUCAAAAUGGAGCGUUUCCGCUCACCAAACUGGCGAUUGGGAGAAUGAAAGUUGAACCAAUUGAUUUUGAACUAAAACACUCAUCUGUCAUUCUAAGUUGUGAUUAGGCUCAAAUGUAUUUCAUUUCCCGCACUUCAAUUCCAGGACAUGUAAAAACAAAAAUAGUGCUUUCCUACAACAUGCCUUGUCGGGCACCUUCCUUAAUGACAAUAACUUGCAUCAUUGGUAAAUCAAAUGAUUACUCAAUCUUUUUGAAAAUUUAACGCCGGAUCCGGUUUUCAUUUCCGUGCGAAUAUGUUGUUAAUCCUUCCUCACAGACUAGUUGGGAACUCUCUUCAGUGUUGAAAUGACAAAGCAUGUAUUUCGUUAUAUGUUCACAGUUGUUUGUAUUAUUCCUAGUUUACGGAUGGGCCGAGGAAGUGCCGGUGAUGCAGUACAUCUCAGGGAACACAGGGAGAUUCACGUCCCCGGGUUAUCCUGGAACCUAUCCCAACAACGUCAAUUACACCUGGAUUCUCACAACUGGAUAUCUCACAGCAAAUGUCACCUUUACAUUUGACAACUUUGAUAUUUAUAGAUAUCGAUAUGAACCAUGUACGGACGAUUACCUGGAGAUUACAGAGCAAGAACCAUGUUGUUUUGUUGCCCUGAAGAGAUGUGGUGAUAUUGGACGAUUUAACAUGACGGUGACGGGUAACGUGAUAAGAAUAAAAUUUGUGUCUAACGAACGCGAUACAGCAAUGGGAUUCUCACUCCAAUGGAAAGUCGCUCUACCGAAAUCGAAAAGUACGACAGAGACAACUACAAAAACAACUUUAGUACGAAGAACAACAAUUGUAACAUUAGGAAGAACAAGAACAAUACCAGUAAGAACAACAACAACACCAAUAACAACAACAACAACAGUAUCAACAACAACAACACCUGUAACAACAACAACAUCAGCAAGAACAACAACAUCAGUAACAACAACAACAGGUAAAACUACAAACAGAACCUCCUAUUCCACGAUGGGAGAAUUGACAUCAACAAUUCACACGAGCACAACGCCAAUAACGUUCAUUAGCUCGUCCUCGGAAAUCCAGACCAGUGUCUCCACCAACGAGAAGGAAAAGGAAGACUCUUCUACGUCACCAGUGGUUUUUACGGGGACUCCAAGCAAUGAAAGUAGUACAACUCCUGAAGACACAGAAGACACUUCAUUGAGUCCACACGGAAUAGUGUUCCUUGCUGUUGGAAUUUGUAUUGUGGAAAUUACAUUGAUUGCAUUAGGAGUAUGUAUGGGAAUACAACGUAGAAAAAGAGCUUCUGAAACCUCGACUUUUCGCCGGAACCAAAAUGAUAACAUUAGACCUGUGUCUCGUAAGACGAUAUUUAGCGUCAACAAUGUCUACGAAUCCAUCCCACUCGAACAUUUUUCCGAUGAUACCAUUCAGGAAGAGGAGGAGGUGAACCCGUAUGCGUGUGUUGCUGAAAACGUGUACGACAAAGCUUUUGUGAAAAGACCACAUGUAGGCACACAGAACAACUUAUAUGAAUGGAAUUAUUGUCGACCACCUUCCUUCAUGGUAAAAAUGUGCAUUAAUGGUAAAUCAAAAUAUUACUCAUGUAUUCGUAUUGAACAUUUAACGCCGGAUCCGGUUUUCGUUUCCGUGCGUGUAUUUUGUAAAUCUUUCCUAACAGACUAUUUGGGAGUGUUCAAACGACAAAUCAUGUACUUUGUUAUAUAUUCACUGUUGUUUGUUUUAUUCUCAGUUUACGGAUGGGCGGAGAGACAGCUGGUGAUGCAGUACAUCUCAGGGAACACAGGGAGAUUCACAUCCCCGGGUUAUCCUGGAACCUAUCCCAACAACGUCAAUUACACCUGGAUUCUCACAACGGGAGAUCCCACAUCAAAUGUCACUUUUACAUUUGACAAGUUUGACAUUUAUAGAUAUCAGUAUGGACCAUGUACAGAUUUCUUGGAGAUUACAGAACAAGAACCAUGUUGUUUUGUUGCCCUGAAGAGGUGUGGUGACUUUGAUCAAUUUAAGCAGGUGGUGAGGGGUAACGUGAUAAGAUUAACCUUCGUGUCUAACGAACGCCACUCAGCAAAGGGAUUCUCACUCCGAUGGAAAGUCGCUCUACCGAAAUCGAAAAGUACGACUGAAACAACUACAAAAACAACUUUAGUACGAAGAACAACAAUUAUAACAUUAGGAACAACAAAAAGAACAACACCAGUGACAACAACAACACCAGUAACAACAACAACACCAGUAACAACAACACCAGUAACAACAACACCAGUUACAACAACAACACCAGUUACAACAACAACACCAGUAUCAACAACAACAACAAUACGAGUAAAGACAACAACAGGAGUAACAACAACAUCACCUACAACUACGAGAACUACAAACACAACCCCCUAUUUCACGAUGGCAAAUAAAACAACUCUAGCCAACACAGGGAUUUUCACAUCAACAAUUCACACGAGCACGACGCCAACAACGUUCGUUAGGUCGUCCUCGGAAAUCCAGACCAGUGUCUCCUUCAACGAGAAAGAAAAGGAAGACCCUACUACGUCACAAGUGGUUUUUACGGGGACUCCAAGCAAUGAAAGUAGUACAACUCCUGAAGACACAGGAGACUUUUCAUUGAGUCCAAACCAAAUAGUGUUCCUUGCUGUUGGAAUUUGUAUUGUGGAAAUUACAUUGAUUGCAUUAGGAGUAUGUAUGGGAAUGCAACGUAGAAAAAGAGCUUCUGAAACCUCGACUUUUCGCCGGAACCAAAAUGAUAACAUCAGACCUGUGUCUCGUAAGACGAUGUUUAGCGUCAACAAUGUCUACGAAUCCAUCCCACUCGAACAUUUCUCCGAAGACACCAUUCAGGAAGAGGAGAAGGUGAACCCGUAUGUGUGUGUUGCUGAAAACGUGUACGACAAAGCUUUUGUGAAAAGACCACAUGUAGGCACACAGAACAACUUAUAUGAAUGGAAUUAAUUGCCUAAAGAUGAAAAUGAAGGACAAGUGAUGUUAAGAAUUUAACUGAAAAGUGCCUACAAAAUCGGAUGUGAAUGCCAAAAUGUACAAAAUGUACUUUUUGCAAUCAAUCAAAUAACACAUGCAAUAUGAUGACUGACCUUACACAUGUAUUUUUAAACUUGCUAUUUCUCCAUGGUAAGGGAGCCGGUUAGACCCAGGUGAAAAAAACAUUUGAUUUGGCGGCCGCCAAAUGAAUUUUAGACGGUCACCAAAUACGUUUAAGGCAACCGUCACAUAACAUUACCAGGCGGCCGCCAGAUAAGCAUUUCUCAUGGUGAUAAUCGAGUUAUGAAUAAUUACCCUGUGGCUGUCUUUAUUCACGGCGGGUAUGACCGGUCGACAGGGGAUGCUUACUCCUCCUAGGCACCGGUCCCACAUCUGGUAUAUCCAGGGGUCCAUGUUCACCCAACUCUCUAUUUCGUAUUCCUUAUAGGAGUUAUGAGAUUGAUCACUAUUCGUUAUCUUCGCUUUUCAUGUUCGAUUUUUUGCCAAUAGUGAUAUCGACCAAUCAUAUUACUCUGUUAAUUACAAUAGCGUUGAGCUCGAUGUGAUUUUUAAAAUACAGUAUAGAGCCAAAUGUGAGUCAACUUCCAUGGUUUACGCUAUGGAUUUCAUUGAAAAAUAUAUAUUGUUUGAACAAUCAUUCUGAACUCCUUUUUUGCUUUGAUCUUUAUGAUAUGUAAAAUAUGUAUUACAAAGCAUGUGUACAUUAUUCUUUUCAUGAUUUUAAAACUUUUACCAAGAAUUGUAGACACAUGAUUUAUGAAACUUUAACAUUAACUUUCAGCAUUCGAUUUCUUUUUAUAUUUCUUUUUAAGAGUGGAACGGAAACGUUAAGUGUGGUGUUCUUACAGUAAUAUGGUAGGUGUAUGAAUGCACAGGAAAACUAAGAUACUCAGACGAGAAACUGCAAAUAUUUGGACUGUUAAUGGUGCAAAUGUUACCGUGAAUACGGGACUUUCGAGAUACGGAUCCACUCUGACUUUUAUCGCCCGUUGAAUGUAAUUGUAGGGCAUGUCACUUCCGGUUUACAAUAACAACUAAGUAAACAAACAUGGAAUAUUUCAACUGGUAUCAAUUUCCUGCAUUUAAAUGCUAUCUUUGAAAGAAAGGAAUCACUACAAACAUUUUAUAGGAAAAUACAAUUGAUUAAAUUAUGCGAGUCGGCGCGGGAAAGAAAUCUAGGGAAUAUCUUGAGGAUAUCGGUAAAACUUCACGCCUUGCAUCCAAUGGUACGCGUUUAAAUGCGCCUUUUCCCCUCCAUCUAACUUACACCCAGAUACCAAGCACCAAUAAUGACUUGGAUCGUCAUCGUGGGACUGCGCAUAGCUCUUUACGGACCGUCUGUUAGCGAAACACCUUAUGUAUCGAUGUCAACUUUGCCCUACAAUUGGUUAUUAUCACGUGACCGUGGUGUAUAAACGUCAAAUAUAAUCGGGAUAUCCCGAAAGUUCCGUAUUGAAUAAGUUUAUGAAAAAUUAUUUUAAGAUAGUUGUUUCAGUGAAUUAUACUCUAAGAUGAAUAGAAGUUGACUUAUUUAUGGCACUAAGCUGUAUAAAAUAACACAUUGUAUAGAUUUUGUUUGCACUAAAACAUCCACAUUUAAGGAAAUAAUAAACAUUUGUCGUGUGUCGAUAUUUUCAUCUCAUAUCAGACAACUAAUUUCCAAAAACCAUAGGAUCUAAAUAAAAAACUAAUUAUAAAUUUUAAUCUCCACACUUAGUGUAACGGGGACCUUCACAAAUAUCAGCAGACAUACUUCCGUGUCAGGAGGUAAAGUCUAAUAAAUAACGUACCAAUUGCCCGUUCGUAUUUAUAGACAUACUUCACGCGAACUCGAUGAAAACAAUUUUAGAUCUGAUUAGAUCCUUUUCGAGUAAUUCUCAAAUGUACACGAUAUCACUGAAUAUAACACUUCCCUAUUUCAUGUAGUAUUGAAUUGAAUUAAACAGGAUAGAUUCCUGGUACUUCUAGGAUAUGUUUGAUAAACCUGUGUACCUGUUACAAAGUGCAUGUAGUUAUAAUUGCAUUUUAGAUUAUGUAGUCGUUUUGUAUCUGACUCUUGUACUGUUUUAUAAAAGUCUAGUACCAUUCAUUGUACUUAGCUUACAUUAGAUCACGUUAUCACAACAUGCACUGUAACACAAUUUAUAAAACAGAAAAUGUACAAAAUGUUAGCCAUGAAAGUCAUUCAAUUUUGUUCAAUAGUUAUUUUGUAUAUAUAUGUACAUACACGAAAAUGACAUUGAAUAUUUUGCAUGUACAUUUCCUAAAUGCUUGACUUGUGAAUUGUGAAUGACUUGCAAUCAUUGCUAAUUUGAAUGCUAGAAAUGCUUGUAGACACUAUUUUCUCUCAAAACUUUCUGGUUUCAAACCUGAGUUAAUGCUACUAAAUCCAACUGAAACCAGCAUUAAUGCUACCGGACGUACAUGAAUAAAUACCAGCAUUAAUGCUACCGGAAGUACAUGGAUAAGUACCAGCAUUAAUGCUAACGGAAGUACAUUGAUAAAUACCAGCAUUAAUGCUGCCGAAAGUACAUGUACAUUGUAUAAAUACCAGCAUUAAUGCUAACGGAAGUACAUGAAUAAAUAUAUGUACCAGCAUUGAUUUUUAAUAAUUUUCAUUUCAAGGGUAUACUCUAGAAAAAAAAAUUGUCUUUCAUAUACCACCUUUUACUUUGUUUUGAUGAAUAUUGUCGGUAUGCUUGUUAAUGUGGAUUGAUUUGAAUGAAAGAAACGUUUGUGAAUGAGAGUAAUACCGAUUAAGCUCAUGCUGCAUGUACAUGCAUUGUAUAUGAUUUUACACAUUCAUUUACUGUUUUGUUUUAAAUCAUUGUGCAGAAAAAUCACGUACAUUUGGGAUACCCAUGGUCAGUUAAAUUUGUAAUAGCCAUGAUCAGUUAGAUUUAGAAUACCCAUGGUCAGUUCGAUUUAGAAUACCCAUGGUCAGUUAUAUUUAGAAUAUCAAUGGUCAGUUAGAUUUGGAAUACCCAUGGUCAAUUAGAUUUAGAAUACUCAUGGUCAGUUCAAUUUGGAAUACCCAUGGUCAGUUAGAUUUAGAAUACCCAUGGUCAGUUCGAUUUGAAAUACCCAUGGUCAGUUAGAUUUGGAAUACCUAUGGUCAGUUAGAUUUAGAAUACCCAUGGUUAGUUCGAUUUGGAAUACCCAUGGUCAGUUAGAUUUGGGGUACAUUUACUGUUCUCUUCAUUCUAUGGGAAGAUACUAAGAGGCUGUGUUUUAUUUUUGUUCAUGCAGUAUAUUUGUAAUACUCUUUAUUGUCCCAUGUAUUAACCCAAUAUUUGUAUACUAUGAUAUUAACAUUAGUUAAUAAAUGACAUUUAUUGUA